AUGUUGUCGAUGUCUUCAGUUAUCUCUAAUGGAACUAUUAAGUUGAUUGGUCGACUCGUUGUCCGGUUGUUAGCCAAUUUCAAUAAAACUUCUUGCGUUAUCUUGCCAUCGGAACUUCGAUGUAGAUCUAUGAUUCUAGCCAACUUCCGCAGCGAUCUUGGAGUAGUAUCUACCAGAAUAACAUUUAUCGGAGGUGAUUGCUUUGUGGUUACUCUUGAUUGA